AUGGAAACAAGUAGGGAAAGAGGUGAAGAUUUCUUAUGCCAGAAGUCAGAUUGGAUGGGAAGGGAGACGGUCAUUGAUACUUUUCCAGCAGCGGAACCUUUCAGGUCAUCCCGGCUUAUGCUCGAGCUGGACCAAGGGAACACAAAUGAGGAGGACGAAGCUUGGACGUCCACAGCCCCUACGGCCCUGACAGAAACAGCCGGAACUACUGGAUCGAAAAGCAGACGACGUAGGGAGAGAGUCAAAAGUGUUAGUGUUCUUUCAGAGGAGAUUGUGAUACAAGGUGGAUCUCAAAUUACAAAACGAUUACAAACAUCAAUGAAUGAGAGGUGGAAUUCACUUGGAUCAAGAACUCAAAUCAGUACACGUGUGAAGAAACCGGAGUACGUACCUUACUCCACUUAUCAGAUUCAAACCGCUCUUGUUGAAGCCGUGUCGAAUUAUGUACUUGAAGAGACCAUGAAGAGAGGGACACGGCCGGAGACGUUCAGCUCCGGAGGUGCACAGUUCAAAACACCCCUUUCAGACCUGGCCAGAGAUCCAUGCCACUCCGGAGGUGUCCGGACCCACUCAGAGCAGUUUCGUGAUCCACCCAUACUUGAGGUCAUUGAGGAACACAACAUGAUUCUUUGCAUCCAACUUCUCCCUUCUCUAGCGUUCAGAAUUCUGGCUAGAGGUGUGGACAACAACCAGUCAUACAUUCUAGACAAUGGAUUUCAGCUCCAUGUGAACUUUACACUCCCACCAAUCUUUGAAUUUGACGCUUUUGCACACACUGUGAUUUAUCUCUGGGGAGGAACAUCAAAGGGGGCAUUCAGCUCCGGAGUGGCAUGUCUCCGGUGGAACCUUCCUAAAGAAAGAGGUGUAAAUCCACAAUACAAAAUGAGCUGCGUCUUCUGUCCAACAACUGCUAUAACCGACAAAACAUAUCCUACUCAUUCAGCAAUUGAUUUCAUCCUAAGUGGUGGAAUAAAAAGCCAGUUGAUUUCCUCUGCAAUCUCCAGAUGGAAUUCUUUUGGUGAUCGACUUCAAGCAAGAGUACGACGGCAGAAACCAGAGUUUGUCAAAUAUGCAAGUUAUCAGAUGGACAUAUCUUUGGUCGAGACAUUGUCAAACUAUGUGUUGGAACAGACACAAGCACAAGGGCAGACUUUUCAGAUGGUGGAUAUCAAGCUUCUCGAUAUUCAUGAUUUGAUCAGUAUUGGUAACCAAGGUGAAGGAGCCGUCCUGAGUGCGUUUGGACCUGAUAACCCUCCUACUUUCUCUCAGGAGGUGACCGAUAUGGAUGAAGGAUUGAUAAGGCAUUAA